AUGUCCGAUAAAACUAAUGAUAAAAAACAAGAAGAUAAUCAACCAUUAGGAGCUGUACUUGGUUGGAUUAAUCUUUCUUCAACAUUACCUAAUAAUCAAGAUAAUAUUGAUCAAACUAUAUCAGCUUCUCCUACAAGAUUUAUUGAUUAUAAUCAAUUAAUUGAAGCAAAUAGAAAUGCACAAAAUCUUCAACUUGCACAUGAAAUUGUUUUUAAUAAAGAUUUUCAACUUAAAUUACCUGAAUAUGAAAAAGGAAGUAUUGGUGAAAAAGUUCAUGAUACAAUGCAUACAGCAUUUUGGGAUAUUCUAAAAGAAGAUUUAUCUGCUGAUCCACCUCGUUAUGAACAUAUUGUUAAAUUAAUUGGUGAAGCUAAAGACGAUCUUAAAAAUUUAGUAUUACCACAUCAAAUAACACUUAAAAAUCAAAUUGAUGAAUCAAUUGAUCUUGAUACAUUAAAACGUCGAUUUGAAACUAAAUCAGCUGAUCCACAUGAAUAUACAAAAUAUUUUAUUGAUACAAUGGCAAAUCUUUGUGCUCAAUGUCGUGAUGAAAAUAUUGAAAAAUUACGAACUAUUCAAGAUCCAACAGAAUGUUUUAGAAAUAUAAUGGAAGUAUUAAGUUUAAUGAAAAUUGAUAUGGCUAAUUUUAAUAUUCGACAAUAUCGACCUUUAUUACAACAACAAGCAAUUGAUUAUGAAAAAACAACAUUUAAGAAACUUAUGGAAAGUCAACGAGAAAUGGGUAUUGAUCCAUUAGCAUCAACAUAUAAAUGGCUUGAACGUGCUUAUAAUCGAUUAAAAACAAAUAAUACAAUUGGUUGGUAUCAAAUAACAACAAAUACAAAUCAAUCUGAAAGUUCAAUUAUUAUUCUUAAUGAAGCAUAUUGUGAACUUUUAUUAUGGAAUCCAAAAAAUUCAUUUCCUGAAACAUUAGAAUUAGAUGAAAUACGUUAUAAUCAAGUACAUAUAUCAACAAUGCGUUUAUUAAUUAUAUCAACAAUAAUGAUUGUAUUAUCACAUAUAACAGGUUCAAUUUUACGUGAUUAUCAAUCAAUUAAAAAUCUUCUUAAAUCACAAAUUAUUAUUUUAUUAGAUGAUUUUCCAGAAAAAAAAAAAUUAAAAGAUGUAUUAAUAUCAAUAAGUGAACAAGUUAUUAAAACAACUCAUGAUGAAUUAAUUAAAUAUGAUAAAGCAAAUAUAAUUAUUAAUAAUGAAAUAAAUAUUAAAGAUUCAAUUAAAGCUAUUGGUGAACAUCAUGUUAUUGAACAUGCUGUUUUUAAAUUACUUUUUCAACGUUAUGUAGAUUUUGUUCAUAAUGUAAUGGAUAAUCCAUCAAUAAAUCGAUCAUUAUCAAAUGUAGCAAUACCAAAUGGAUUGAAUAUUGUUAUGGAUGAAGUUAUAUCAACAGUUAGUUUUUUUCUUCGUUUAAUAACUUACAAUAAAAUGGUUUUUAAUGAACAUUAUGAUAGAAUUAUAUCUGAAUUAAAAUCAUCAUCAGAUGAAUAA